AUGGCAACAACCACACAGACCCUCCCAAGCACAGCAAUCGAGCUCCCAACCCUCGGUCCUAGCAGCGAAGAACGUCAACGAAAUGUUCACGCCCAGACAGACCCCGUCGUCGAACCUGACGAGGUAAUGCAACAAUCCCUCUUAGCAGACUCCCAAGUACCCGACGGCGGCUAUGGCUGGGUCCUUAUCUUCGCUUGCGCAGUCGUGACAUGGUGGUUCGUUGGUGUAUCCUACACAUGGGGUGUGAUGCAAGCAGCGCUAGUAGAUAGAAUGGGAUAUUCGUCUUCGACACUUGCGUUCGUGGGCUCGUUAUGUCCUGCUUGUAUCUCUUUACUGGCUGUGCCUAAUGCGACGCUCAUAAGCAAGAUUGGGGCACGGAUUACGGCGCUUACGGGUAUCUUCUUGCUGGGUCUUGGGAGUAUUUUGUCCGGCUUUGCUACGCAUAGUGUUGUUGGGUUAUUCAUGACUUGGGGAUUUGUUGGUGGGCUUGGAACUAGUCUAUGCUUUAUGGUUGUGUCUGUCACCCCGGCGCAAUACUUCAAAACUAAGCGUGGUAUCGCCAAUGGAAUCGUCUACGCUGGUGGCGGUCUUGGUGGUACGGUCAUCAGCUUUAUCCUGAACGCUCUGCUAGAGAAUGUCGGAAUCGCAUGGAGUUUCAGGAUUCUAGGAAUCAUGAUUCUUGCUACGGGAUUACCAGCUGCAUACCUGAUCCAGGAGCGGGCCCCUAUCCGACCAGCAAAGAUGGUUGAAUGGAGUCUCUUCCGCGAUAUUCGUUUCACAACCCUCUGGCUUACGGGCGCAAUCGGCACAUUCCCGCUCUUCGUCCCGGCCUUCUUCCUCCCCCUCUACACAAACUCUCUAGGUCUCCCCUCCAGCGCCGGCGCAGGUCUGGUGGCAGCCUUCAAUUUCUCCUCCGCAAUUGGGCGUCUAUCCUGCGGCUUCGCAUGCGAUAAGUUUGGUGCUAUGAACACCCUGUUCAUCUCGUUGCUGCUCAGUGCCUUGAGCCUCUUCGUGUUGUGGCCCGUCUCCAACUCCAUUGGGCCAUUGGUCGCCUUCGUGGUUAUUAAUGGAUCUGCGAAUGGUGGGUUCUUCUCUACCAUGCCGACUGUUGUUGGCAAUGUGUUUGGGUCCGCUAGAGUGUCCGUUGCGGUUGGAAUGAUUGUUAGUGGGUGGCUUGGAGGGUAUCUUAUGGGCGCUCCUAUUGCUGGUUAUAUCCUGAAUGCUUCGGGUGGUGAAUCGGGUGGUGUGGGUGCUUAUCGACCGGCAAUCUUCUAUGCUGGUUCGAUGGCGACGGCUGCAACCGUUUUGGCGGGUAUCGCACGCAUCAAGGUUGACCGGAGGUUGAAAAAGACAGUUUAA